ACACUCACUGCUUUAACAGCCAUGUCUGGUCGUGGUAAAGGAGGGAAAGGCUUGGGGAAGGGCGGCGCUAAGCGCCACCGCAAGGUCCUGCGCGACAACAUCCAGGGCAUCACCAAGCCCGCCAUCCGGCGCCUGGCCCGCCGCGGCGGCGUCAAGCGCAUCUCCGGCCUCAUCUACGAGGAGACUCGCGGGGUCCUCAAGGUGUUCCUGGAGAACGUGAUCCGCGACGCCGUCACCUACACGGAGCACGCCAAGCGCAAGACUGUCACCGCCAUGGACGUGGUCUAUGCGCUCAAGCGCCAGGGACGCACCCUCUACGGCUUCGGCGGCUGAAAGCUGAUGAAAAAUGACCCUGCAUACCAAAACGAUUUGAGAAAGCCGUCGAUUUGCAGCCAAAUUCAAGGGGAAGAACAAAACUUCGUCUUUUCCUUGUAAAUUUAAAAGUAAUUUUCAGCAA